GUUUAGCUUGGCAGUUGGAAAGCAUCGAGUGAGUGUGUUUGCUCUCCUUCUUUGCUCUCUCUCUCUCUCUCUCUCUCUCUGAGAAGACGGCUUUAUUCUCGGGAAAAAUCCAAGAAACGUUCGCCUUAUCCUUCUCUCUAUCAUCGCGGAACCGAGCUCCCGGAGCUCAAUUCUCUCAAAUCCGUGGCGUUUUUCGCGAAUUGGGGCUCAAAAUCAGGUCCUUCAUGAAGGAAAAUCCCGAAUUCUAGCUCGCUGAAGCACAGAUCGGCCGCAUUUCGUGUGAUCCCGUGUGAUUUUUUUUUUCUACUUCCAUUAAUCGAAGCAAUGGCAACUGAAUUGAAUGAGAUCUCUGGCCUUGUGUGGGAGUCAUGAAGUGAAGAAUCGAGGAUCGAGCUUUUCUUGGAUAUGAUUUCAUUGCAUUUCCAUCAAGAGUUGUAAUUGGAGCUUGGGAGUUGGUUUUCUUCCCCCUUUUCCCUUUUAUUUGUUUUAGUUUGAUCUCAAGGGAAGAAGGUUUUAUUGGUAGACUGUCCGGAGAAUAGAGAUUUUAGUUCAGGUGGGAGUUGUACUUCAGUUUGAUACUUCAAUUGCAUAGUAUUUACUAUUAAAGCUUGUAUUUAGCUUAAAGUGCUGUUUCUUAUUGAUAUGCAGCUGGAGAAGUGGAUUUGCUUCAGAGUAACUAUGUUAGCAGAAUGGAUCGACUCCAAUCACUAAAAAAAUAUGGUCACAAUUUAGAUUUAUAAUUUUAGUAAUCCUGAAAAUGGAAGUCGAGACAUGUAUAACUGGAUAUUUUUUCAAAAAAAAAUAAUCAGAUUACUCGGCCAACUCAAUUUGAAGUACAAAAUUAUUGUUUAGAAUAAAAAAAUGGUAGUCGAAAUUGGUGUUUCAAAUUGAAGAAAUGGGUCGUGAGCUUUUGUUUAGUUCCUUUCUACUUCUGGUGGCUCUGUUUCUUUUGCGAUAAGGCUGUUGGCUAUAAUUAUGAUGUGAUAGGGACAGAAGUGUUGUUUGGUAUAACUGCACUCAUGCUGUCUUGAAUCAAUAAUUAUAUGGUCAGUGGGUCCUGAUUUUUCUAGACUUCUGUCGACGUCUUGAAUCUGUUCUAUUUUGUAAUAUGCUGUUUGACUCUAAGGAUACAUUGUUUUUGCUCUGUUGCUAGGGCUGCCCCACCCUAUUAUAGAUGCCUAAUCUUGUCUGGGUGGCGACCUUGAUCAACAAGCCUAGUUGAUUCCCUUUCUCCUUUUUUCCCCUUGUAAUGGUGUGCGUGUGUUGGUGGUAAUGGUUUGCCGAUAAUGAACUUGUUUGAAAAUUUAGAUGUGUUCAUUAAUCUGGUUAAAUCAACAGAAUUUGUCUUAUGAGCUUGAAAUCCAUUUUUAUUUUUUUCUUAAUUACUCUUCGUUGUUAUAUUUUAUGAGGAAUGACAGGUUAUGACAGGUUAUACCAUGUAAGUGCUAUUAUAAUGAAGAACAAAGAUCUUUAAUUGGAUGAAUUUCUUUUUCCAAAUAAAGAAACUUUUUUUCUGCUUCAUGGAUAAGGCAUUCUUGAUUUCCAUGCUUUAAUAAUUUCCAGCAACAUCCUUGCAAUGGCUAGGAAUGUAAAUUUUUUUGCGCUUUCGAUGUUCUUGUUAUGCUCUGUAUGCUGGUUGAAAUUCAAGAUUUUUUUUAGGCAGAUGAUGGAGGCUGAGUUCUGCUCUCCUCGAACUCUUUCUUCAUCUCGGGAAGAAAGUGGAGAUGAGGAGCUUUCUGUGCUCCCUAGGCACACAAAGGUCAUCAUUACAGGGAACAACAGAACAAAGUCUGUUUUGGUGGGACUGCAGGGUGUCGUCAAGAAGGCUGUUGGUCUUGGUGGCUGGCACUGGCUGGUCCUUAAAAAUGGGGUAGAGGUGAAGUUGCAAAGGAAUGCUUUGAGUGUGCUGGAAGCUCCAACUGGAAAUGAAGAUGACUAUGAGAUUGAUUGCAAUAACUCAAUCUGUAGUAGCUCUGACAUGGGAGAGAAAGAUGUUGAUUACUCUAGAAUGGAGCUCCAUAAACCAACAAAGCGUAGGGUGAGGCAUACCGGACCUUGGGCAUCCUCAGUCAAGGCAAUGAGUCGAACCAGCUACAGGGAUAUGCGAUCUCAUAUGUUUAAGCCUCAAAAGAGGGUGAAUUUGGCAAAACUUGGAACUGCCGCUUUAUGGAGAUAUUGGGGGCAUUUCAAUUUGGUCAGCAGUAAUCCCAAUCCAUCUAAGAAGCAGCUGGUUCAUGGAGUGCAGCAUCAUUUCAUCUCUCAGCAAGUGGAUGAGAUGCAGGUGAUUCUGGGCUUCAUCCAAACUGCAAGGAAGUUGAAAACUCUCCACUCCCGACAGGAUCGAGAUGAAAGGUACUAUUUUACAUGAAUAGGUCGAAGAAAGAAUGCUGCAUCUUCCUCUUGGAUGCUUUCUGAAGGUGGGAAGUAGUGCUGCAGUAUGUAACUUAUCAGGUAUGAGUGUCCACCAAAUAUUCCUGACCUGGUAGAUUAACCUCAACAUGGAGCAAUGAAUUAGAAUUGCCCACCAGAAAACGAUGGUAGGAUGGAUUGGCAGAAUGAAUGUUAAUUUCUUAUAUUAUAUGUUGGCUUGAAAGCUGGACUAUCAGCCUAGUGUAGCGGUGCUGCAUAAACAAGCGGUUGUGAGCAUCUCCAGUCA